CGCAACCGUCUCCAAUCGCUCUACUCGGACUUUCGCCUACAGAAGACGUCAAACCCGGAUGGAUACCAAGCAAACUCUCGCGCGUGGCUUCGUGGCUUGACUGCUGCUGCGCGCGCUGGACGAUUACCACCACCUUCAUCCACGUCUGGAAGAUCGAGUCACGUAGUCUUUGGCAGCGGUGAGGACCUGUCACGCGCCUUGAACUCCCCAAUAUGGGGUCGCCCUCUGGCUUUGGGCGCCGUCAUCCAAGAUGCUGUCGACAAGCGAGAUUUUGUCCCUUUGGACGACUUCUUGAAUGCAACAAAGAGUGUCUAUGCAAAGAGUUGGAUCCCUUCACCAUGGCAGCUUGUGAGCUGGGGCCUUAAGCAGGUCGGAGUCUCGUCGCUGUUUGGCACAUCCGACAAGUUGUCAGUCGCCAACUUUGUCGUCAUGCAGAAUGUCGAGGAAGCGGCGAAUGCAAUCAUAGCGAAAGCCUCACACCUCGAUCAAUCAACAACCUCACUCAUCUACAGCCGCUCUCUCUUCGAAGCCGAAUUCGCCCACAUCCUCGACACAACGUCCCACCCCGAAGCAGCUCUAAGCAGCACCGACUUCAACAUCCUCCUCAAAUACCUUUCUCGCGAUAAACCGUACCUCGCCUUCAACGCCACGACCAUAAAGCUCAAGUCAACCUCUGAAUCCACUCCUCAACCAAUCACCCAACAAGACACCGACAUUGCGAAUCUACGUACCCUCAUCAAAGCAUUAGAAACACAAGUCUCGGCACUCGCCGAUCGCAUCACCUCACUCGACAUUUCCGCUCGCGAAGCCGUAGCUGCAAAACGCACCAUCCAGGCCAAAUCAGCGCUGAGAAGCAAGAAGCUGGCUGAAACAACACUAUACACUCGCAGCGCCACGUUAUCGCAAUUGGAGCAGACGUAUACCGCUAUCCAAACAGCUGCAGAUCAAGUCGCUAUAGUAUCUGCAAUGUCUGCUUCCACCAAUGUACUAAAGAGUCUACAUGCAGAGGUGGGCGGUACAGAGGGUGUCGAGGAAGUGGUUGAUCGUUUGCGCGAAGAGAUGGAGAAUGUAGAUGAAGUUGGUCGUGUUAUCAAUGAAGCCAAUACAAGCAAGGUCGACGAGGAAGUUGUGGAUGAGGAAUUCGCAGCCAUGGAAAAAGUGGAAAAGGAAAAGAGAGAAAAGGAAGAGGCAGAGAAGACGGCAGAGAGACUCAAGGAGCUAGAAGGACUGGAGAGAGGCAGGAAAGAGAUGGAGGCGCAAGAGAUGUCACGUCAAGCAGAGUCAGAAGGUAAAGAGCAGGAUAAGAUGCAGGUAGAAACUGCAUGA